GCCAUACUCGUUCACAUGACAACUCUUUGAAGCAGUUUUCAAAAAUUUCUAUCACUAUGCAUUUUUGGUUUUGAAGUUUUUUGAGCAGAUUUUUUCAUACGUUUCUCAAGCUAUCACAAAACACACGUUCAAGCUAGACGACAGCCGGUAAAUAUAUACGUUUGAUUUGGGUAUUUGCCAUUGAAGCAGUUUAAUUCAUCGGAUUAGGGUGAAUGUUUUACUUUCGUUAAACUUGCGGUCUAAAAAUCUGUCCAUUUGUUGUCCCUAAUAUAAUAACAUACCGGUUCCACUUUAUUUUGACUCAAUUUUAACAUUUACUGAACGUAAUCGCAUUUCGUGGGUAAGAUAAAAUUAUGGAAGGUCUGCCGUUUUUGCCAGGAAAUGCCUUUAAAGACCCUACGCAAACCAAUUUUCACCUAUCUCACACUCUGGAUAUGAAAAAUGGUUUACGAUAUGCGAAAGCCUACCCAGAAGUUGGGAUUGGUGGUCGUCCUUUGAAAGUCAACCAGCUAAACGAAGAAGAAUUAGACGAAUUAGCAAAUUUUCAGCCGACUUUAACUUAUGGAAGGACGAAACAGCCGCUUGUUUCUGAAUUCAUUCCUGCCCACGUCGCGUUGCAUAAUAAGGUCCUUCGAUUCUAUGGAUAUUUCAAAGAAACAGUUAACGAAUCACAAGUUGAGCACUACAGAGUCCGGCUUGUUCAGAUAUUGUACUUCCUAGAGGACGACAGCAUGUUGGUGAUGGAACCCUCACAAAACAAUAGUGGUAUACCUCAAGGAAAAUUAGUUUGUAGACAUAGAAUUCCAAAAAAUGAUAUCGGGGAUUGUUACAAUUGGCGGGACCUGAAUCUUGGUACAAAUCUGGCUAUAUAUGGUCGAGUUUAUCGCAUUACAAACUGUGACAAGUUUACAAAGGAUUUUUUAGAGAGCGAAGGAGUUAUUGUGAAUGAACCUGAACAGGAACCAAUAGAUCCAUAUUUGGCUGAGAGAGCUAAACGUGAAGCUAUAGCUCUUGGCAAAACACCUUCAUCCUUUGAUAAACGACGACAGUAUCUCGAACUUGAUCGUAAGGUUUUACGAUUUUACGCCGUACAGGAUGAACGACAUGAAAUGUUUGGUGAAUGUCGUAAAUUUAUUAUACAUUAUUAUUUAGCUGAUGACACUUUGGAAAUACGUGAAAUUCAUACAGCGAAUGAUGGUCGUGAUCCAUUCCCCUUAUUAUUGAGACGUGAAAGAAUACCAAAAUGUCGUGAUACUAUCCCUCAAUCAUUUCCAAGUGUCAGUAUGGAAAUAACCGAAAAUGAAGUGAAAGAAUAUUUCUCACCGAAAGAUUUUCAUAUUGGUCAAUCAGUUAAUAUUCUUGGUCGGAAAUAUUUAAUAUAUGAUUGUGAUAAUUUUACAAAAGCAUGGUAUCAUAAUAAUUUUGGAUUAACAGAAUUUACCCCAUUAGAUAUAGAAAUUAAACAACCGGAAUUACCGAAAAAGGAAAUUCCACCAUAUAAUGGCUUUGGAACAAUUGAAGAUAGUUUAGUAUCUACAAAAUCAUUCAUUUUAAAACCUCCAAAAGUUGAUUUCGCAAAACAGGUGGAUUAUGCACAAAAAGUGUUAAGAUAUGAAGCUCGUUUAGAUAGUUUUCGACCUGAAGAUACAUAUCGACGAUUUAUCAUAUCGUAUCAUCUGGCUGAUGAUAUGAUAUCAAUUUUUGAAACUCCGAUAAGAAACUCUGGUUUCCCUGGUGGGACAUUUCUCAAAAGAUCAAGAGUUAUGAAACCUGGAAGUACAUUAGAUAAUCCAAUUUAUUAUGGUCCUAUAGAUUUUUCAAUUAAUUCAAAAAUUGAUAUAUUUGGUACACGUUUCAUUAUAACCGAUGCUGAUGAAUAUGUUCUUAAAUUUCUUGAAGCUAAUCGUGAUCAAUUUUCUGAUGAAUUAAUUAAUGGUUUACAUGAACAUUUAAAUAAUAAAGAAAAUCAAACAAUAAUUAAACAACAGUUUUAUCACAAAGGAGGUAAUGUUGACUUUAAACGAGAAGAUGGUGAUAUUAACGAUAUUAUGAAUGAAGUUAGAAUGCAAUUAAAGAAAAUGUCAAUAACAGAUAAAUGUAGAAUUGAUGAUAUGUUUCUUACAUAUAAUAAAGACAGACGUGGUUGUAUUGACGUUGAAAAUUUGAAAGAUAUGUGUAAGAAAAUCCACAUUCCGCCAGAUGAGGACGUACUCAAGGCGUUACUUGAUAAGUAUGGCACUGAAGGAAAAAUGUCACUAGAACAAUUCGGAAGAUUUUUUGAACAACCAUAAUUAUGAUGAACCAUGAAUAGUACUUAUAAUGAAAUAAACUUUUUGCACUUGUUUAUCUGUAGUAGAAGAGUUGAAUGAGAUAUAACUAACUUCUAAUUUGUCUUUAAGAUAGUUGAGUUCAUCAAACAAAACAAAUUUAAUAUACAUAACCAUAUAUGUAUGCCAUUUUUAUACAAGUCAGUUUAUUAACACAUCAUUUGCAAUUGAUGAAAUGCUUCAUAAUGCAGAUUAAAUUACGUCAACUCUUGAAACAUAUUGGAUUUACUUGACAAAAUAUUUAUAGUGUAUGCAAUUAAUAGGAAUCCAUAUUAUGAUGAUUGAAAAAAUAAAGAAUUAUAAUGCAUGUCCAU